AUACGCCCGAUUGACCGAGAGGGGUUCGAAACGGCCAUAAUCUGCGCCCUCACUCUCGAGGCCGAUGCUGUUGAAGCUUUGUUCGACCACCACUGGGCAGAUGACGAAGUGCGCUAUGGCAAAGUUCCAGGUGACCCAAACGGCUAUUCGACCGGUGUUAUCGGGCGACACAAUGUUGUCCUUGUUCACAUGUCAAGCAUGGGCAAGUCUGCUGCUGCUAGCGCUGCCAUCGCUUGUCGCAUGAGUUUUCCGAAAAUCAAAAUUGCCAUUCUAGUUGGGGUAUGCGGCGUAGUCCCUGUCAUUCACAACACAGGGGAACCGAUAAACCUGGGCGAUGUCAUCAUCAGCAACGGUGUCAUUCAGUAUGACUUUGGCCGGCAGUAUCCAGACGGAUUUGAGCGAAAAGACACACUUCUUGACUCCUUGGGAAGAGCUAGUCUUGACAUCCGGUCGACCCUCAACAAGGUGCAAAGCCUCCGUGGCAGAAAAGUAUUGCAAAGCAAGAUGACUGGCUAUCUUGAACGCCUUGGCCAGGAAUCCAGACUUUGUGCCAAGUACCCGGCCACUGGAAACAGCAAGCUUCCUGGGCGAUCCCAGCACUAUGUCGAGAAAGUAGCAAACCAGGGGGGAAGAGGCCAAGGCGAGCUAGCAUCUCGUCGUCGUCCAGGCCAGAACUCAGUCCAUGCACCGAAGCCUGCAAUACACUUUGGUCUAAUCGCAUCAGGGGACACAGUGAUGAAGUCGGAGCAAUUGAGGGACGAGAUCGCGAGACGCGAAAAGAUUAUUGCCUUCGAGAUGGAGGGUGCGGCAGUAUGGGAGGCCUUCCCCACCCUGGUGAUCAAAGGAGCGUGUGACUACGCAGACAGCCACAAGACAAAGGAGUUUCAGCGGUACGCCGCAGCAACGGCGGCAGCAUGUACAAGGGCGUUUUUGGAUAGUUGG